AAUAAACAAAAAAGAUUGACUGAACUGCACCAAUGUAAAGCUGGUUCACUCGUGUAACUGAUGCGAUGCAGUAUGCAAAGCUCCUGCCUUUGACCUUGAUCCACAUGCUUGGAAAUGUUUUCACCAAUAUGAGUUUGGGUAAGGUGGUUGUCUCCUUCACCCACACCAUCAAGGCCAUGGAGCCCUUCUUCUCGGUCCUCCUCUCUAUCCUAUUCCUAGGAGAGACACCUUCUCUACCAGUGUUGGGUUCUCUUGUCCCUAUUGUUGGUGGAGUUGUAUUGGCGUCGAUGACUGAAGUUUCAUUCAACUGGAUUGGAUUCUGGAGUGCCAUGACUUCGAAUCUUAUGAAUCAAUCGCGGAACGUUUACAGCAAGAAAAUUCUCGCUGAUAAAGAGGACAGUUUGGAUGACAUAAAUCUCUUCUCAAUAAUAACUGUCAUGGCAUUCUUGUUAUCUGCUCCACUGAUGCUAUGUGUAGAAGGAAUCAAGUUUAGCCCAUCGUAUCUACAGAAUGCUGGAGUUAAUGUAAAAGAAUUAUUUGUAAGAGCGGCACUUGCUGGGACAUCUUUCUAUUUUUACCAACAGAGAGCCGAAAGACAUCAUAGUCCACAACCUCCCCUCCUCCCUUCCUCCAUCGACGCGGCGUCGGCGACUUCGCAUACAGACUAUCUUGGUCGAGCCUCAGCCAAGAAGGAGCAGUUGAGCGGGCAGCAGUCGAGCGGAGCGAGGAGCCGGAGGACCUCGCCGCCCACAACCUCCCCUCCUCCAUCGGCGCACCACCGCAAGCAGCACCAGGGGGGAGAGUCGAACCUUCUCUGGUGGCUCUGUGACAUCAUCUCCUUCGGCGGCCACCGCAAGCAUCAUGUAUGGUGCCUGCGCGCAUAA